CAUUUCUAAACACCUCGUCCUGCAUCCUCGUACCCUGAACAGCUUCACGUCUUCACAUCUUCACGCGUCACACAAACAUUCGUCUGUCCUACGCCCAUGAUAUCGCUGGACUAGCACUGCAAUUGCGCGCCCAAUUGCCAGUCUAUCCGUCUGUCGUCACCCGUCGACAGCUGCCAGACCCACGACACGUCCGACUCCCCGCAAUGCUGCCUCGACAGGCUGCAUCGCUGUCGCGCGCAUGCCGUACACCUACAAGGGCCUCCCUGCUCUGUAGGAGAGCGCCUCGAGCUUCAACUUCGCAAUACCGCACAUGCUUCAGCCAUGGAAGUCCAGCAACCGCCUUGCGGCGCGCUCAACUCGCAACGUCACAAUUGAGCCACGGGCCCACAAUACGACACCAGUCCACGAAGCCGCCCCCAGUAGCCAGGUCGCGAAUAGUACGAUACAUAUUCAGGACCACAGCGAUACUCGGCACCUUCGUCGCCGUGAGCGGCGUCCUGGUCGUCGCCUUCUUCGUAUACGACGCUACCACGUACAACGAGGAGCCCGUCGCAACCGACAUACCGGUGUCGGAGCUCGCAUUGAACCCACAAAGGGGCGGGCCAAAGAACUUGCCAAUCGCGAACCACUUUGUAGACGAUGACGACAGCCCGGAGAACAAGGCCUGCAAGCACAAGCCGAAGCUGGUGAUCCUGGGCACCGGCUGGGGGAGCGUCGCCCUGUUGAAGCAGCUGAACCCCGACGACUACCACGUCACCGUCAUAUCGCCAUCCAAUACCUUCCUCUUCACGCCCAUGUUGCCGUCUGCUACUGUCGGAACGCUGGAGCUGCGGUCGCUCGUAGAACCUGUCCGGAAGAUCGUCAGAAGAGUGCGCGGACAUUUCCUCAAGGCAAAGGCUGAAGAUGUCGAGUUGUCAGAGAAGCUCAUCGAGUGCUCGGCGCCUGAUGCCAAUGGCAAGGAGCAGCGAUUCUACGUCCCAUAUGAUAAGCUGGUGGUUGGUGUGGGCUCCGUCACAAACCCCCAUGGUGUUAAAGGGCUAGAGCAUUGCCACUUCCUCAAGGACAUCAGCGACGCCCGCUUGAUCCGUAACCAGGUCGUUCGCAACCUCGAAAAUGCCUGUCUACCGACUACAUCCGACGAGGAGAGGAGAAGAUUACUGUCCUUCGUUGUCUGUGGCGGUGGACCGACCGGUGUUGAGUUCGCGGCAGAGCUCUUCGAUAUGCUGAACGAAGACCUUUGCAAGCUCUAUCCCAAGAUUUUGCGCAACGAGAUAUCCGUUCACGUUAUUCAAUCGCGCAGUCACAUUCUCAACACCUACGAAGAAGCGUUGUCCGAGUAUGCGGAAAAGCGAUUCGCGAAAGACGAGGUCGAUAUUCAGACCAACUCCCGCGUCAAAGAGAUCCAAGCAGACCGUAUUCUCUACUCACAAAAAGACGAAAAUGAUAAGGUAGUCACAAAGGAGAUCCCCAUGGGCUUCUGCCUCUGGUCAACUGGCGUCUCUCAAACCGACUUCUGUAAGCGCCUCGCCGCCAAAAUCGAAGUCCAGAACAACAAACACGCCCUUGAGACCGAUACUCACCUGCGACUGAACGGUGCCCCUCUUGGUGACGUCUACGCCAUCGGUGACUGCGCAACCGUCCAGAACAACGUGUCCGACCACAUCGUCAACUUCUUGCGCACCACUGCCUGGGAGAAGGGCAAGGACCCCGAGUCGCUCCAACUGUCCUACCAAGACUGGCGCGGUAUCGCCAAACGAGUAAAACAGCGAUUUCCACAAGCGGCGAACCACCUCCGCCGUCUAGACAAGCUAUUCGAGCAGUACGAUCAAGACAAAUCCGGCACCCUCGACUUCGGCGAGCUUAGAGAGCUCCUCUUUCAGAUUGACAACAAACUUACUUCGCUUCCCGCGACGGCACAGCGCGCUAAUCAACAGGGCGUAUACCUAGGCCGCAAAUUCAACAAGAUUGCGCAGGCGGCCCCCGGUAUGGCGCUCAAUAACGUGGACUAUGGUGAUCUUGAUGAGGUUGUGUACAAGGCUUUCGAGUACAAACAUCUCGGCAGUUUAGCGUAUAUCGGUAAUGCGGCGAUUUUCGACUACAAUGGCUAUGGGUUAAGUGGAGGUUUACUCGCCGUAUAUCUGUGGCGUGGUGUGUAUUUUGCGCAGAGCGUGAGCUUCAGGACAAGGUGUUUACUAGCCAUGGACUGGACUAAACGGGCGCUUUUUGGACGAGAUUUGAUGAACUUCUAGUGUUGCAUAGCGUGCGACUUGCGCAGCAUACAUUUAGCGAUAGAACGGCGCGAUUUCACUAUCUUUAUUUUUCUAUCUUUAUGUACACGAGUUUGGUUCUCGACAUACCUAGCUCAUUUUUCUUGUGUAUAAACUGAGUAUCAAAUACAAAGAUGAAACUACUCAUUUUUCGCACUCUUGUUUGAGAGAGCGUUGCCGC